UGUAAAGUGCACGGAAAUUUAAAAUUUCAGCAAAAAAUAUUUAAAAAAUUAUAAAUACUCAAAAUAGAAUAGUACUUUAAAAAAUAAAAGUAGACAAGAUGGUCGCAAAAUCUUUACUCUUAUUGUUGUUGGCCACAAUUGUCAGCAGCGGCUUGGCACAAUCGCCUGUGGAUUGGCAGCCACUGCUCGACCAGCAGAACUUGGUUCUACGUCAAGUUGUGCAGACAUUGCAACUGACCCGUAGCGGAGCUGGAAAUACCGAUGCCUGUUUCGAUUGGUAUUUGGAUAAUCAGACUGCGAUCAAUGAAGUCUACUAUAAGGAAUACAACUUAUGCGUCAGCGCAGCAACGGCGGCCAAGGAAUUGCUGUCGCAGCAAAGUGCUUUGGAACGUCAAGAUCUUUUGGACGAUGGUCAAUCACUUUGCUCAAGUAUGAGCGCUUGUGAAAGUUUUACCGAUGGUUUGCAGUUCUUUCAGUGCUACGAAGAGGCGUCUAGCAAUAACAUUUUGUUUAACAUAAGUGUCACUUCGAACGGCAUUGCCGAAAGGUUGACAAUUUCAUAUCAAGCCAUCAACGACACCCAACGUGUGUGUACUACUGAAGCGCGAGUUAAGAAUAUCAAUGACUUGACUACCAGUAGAUUGUAUCUGAACAACUGUUUAAUUGGUCAGUGGAGCCCACCUGAAACGACCGAUGCUACCACUGAAGCAACCGCAUCAACCGAUGCUCCUACUGAAGCAACCGGAUCAACCGAUGCUCCCACUGAAGUUCCCGGAGAUACUGAAAUUGCGAACGAAUCUGAUACUUCAGAUGAAAGACAAGGCUUACAGGAAGAAGACUUAUAUGAUUAUAACUAAAUUUUAGGCAUGAACAAGCGGAAACUAAAUGCACAUUUUUAAUGCUAAAUGGUAUUGUAAAUACAAAACUAACAAAUAUACAUACAUUUUUUAUAUACAGAAAUUAUAUAGCAAUCUAACAGCAAAAA